AUGGACCUCGCCCUCGACCUCUCCAACCCCUCCACCGCCCUCUCCCUCCCGCACAUCCGCUACCAACUAAUCCGCCUCGAAGACACCGUCCUCUACCACCUCAUCGAACGCGCCCAAUUCCCCCUCAACCCCGCCAUCUACACCCCGGGCGCCCUAGCCCUCCCCAACAGCACCCUCUCCUUCUCCGACUGGGUCCUCCGCGAGCAAGAAAAACUGCAAUCCCAAAUCCGCCGUUUCCAGAGCCCGGACGAGUAUCCGUUUUUCGAGGAUGCGAUGCAGCCGCUCAUACUCCCCAAACUGGAGUACCCGCGGAUUCUGUGGGCGAAUAGUGUGAAUGUGAAUCAGGAGUUGAAGCGGCGGUAUGUGCAGGAGAUCCUGCCGCAGUGCUGUGUGAAGCCGCAGCGGAGCGAGAGGGGGCGGGUGGAGGAGGCGCAGGAGAAUUACGGGUCGGCUGCUACGGCGGAUGUGAAUUGUCUUCAGUCGCUAUCGCGGAGGGUGCAUUUCGGGAAGUUUGUGGCGGAGUCGAAGUUCCAGUCCGCGCCGGAGACGUUUGUGCCGUUGAUCAGGGCAGGGGAUACGGCGGGGAUCGAUGCGGCAAUUACGGAUAAGAAGGUGGAGCAGAAGGUGUUGGAGCGGUUGAAGGUGAAGGCGGAGACGUAUGGGGUGGAUCCGGGGAUGGACGCGGAGGCGCCGAGUAAGGUCAAUGUGGAGGGGGUGGUGGCGAUGUAUAAGGAUCAUGUGAUUCCGUUGACGAAGAUUGUGGAGGUGGAGUAUUUGAUGCAGAGGCUGAAGGGGACAGAGUGGGAGUGA